GAGAUGUAAGCAGUUAUCGUGAUCGUCAUGGAAAUAUAUCACAAAAUGUAUUAGCUGCUUGUAACUUUGAUUUGGAAUUCAUGUACGUUCUUAGCGGGUGGGAGGGUUCAGCACAUGAUUCCAAGGUGUUAAGUGAUGCUUUGGCAAGGAAGAAUGGACUUAAAGUGCCCCAAGGUAAGUAUUAUCUGGUGGAUUGUGGAUUUCCUAAUCGACGCAAAUUUUUAGCCCCAUAUCGAGGUGUACGAUAUCAUCUACAAGAUUUUGCAGGUCACGGUAAUGACCCUGAAAAUGAAAAGGAAUUAUUUAAUCUUCGGCAUGCAUCCUUAAGGAAUGUGAUUGAGAGGAUAUUUGGUAUUUUUAAACCGCGGUUCACAAUUUUUAAGUCAGCACCUCCAUUUCUAUUUAAAACACAAGCAGAGCUUGUGUUGGCAUGUGCAGCACUUCAUAAUUUUCUUCGCAAAGAAUGUCGUUCUGAUGAAUUUCCAGUGGAACCUACUGACGAGUCUUCAUCUUCAUCUUCAGUGUUACCAAAUUACGAAGACAAUGAUCAUGAACCCAUUGUUCAAACACAAGAGCAGGAACGAGAAGAUGCUAAUAUAUGGAGGACUAAUAUAGGUUCAGAUAUGUGGAGAAAUGCUAAUAAUUUAGGCGAACAUGAAGUGAGAAUCACUUUGUUAUUAUUUUUUUAG